GUUGGACUGGGCGAGGCGAGACGCUUCUCCGCUGCUGCUCGGCAUUCGGUGCGUUUUUGCGGAAGGUUCGCGUUUUAUGAAUGAAGCACGGAAACCCGAUGGUCCGAUAAGUCAUCUGAAUUACAUCACAUGCGCCUUUCUGACCGAGUGAUCGUCUGCAGUCUGCCACAACGCGUCUGCAGAUUUUUUCCUCCCAACCUCAAAUUUUAUCCUGGGAAUUUCUCAUAUUUUCAUUUUCUCGUAUAUUUUAAAAGCUUAAAUACAACUGUAUACUAAAGCGGACCGUUUUCCUCGUGUGUCAUUAUGCAUGUUGUAUGUUAGAUCAGGUGAUGGGUAAAGAGGAACUCAGACCACCCCUCUCCUUUGGCUCAUUUCAAUGCAAUGUAGUCAGCGUGGCUCAGGUGCAGAAUAUUGAUUGACAGCAGCUGAGGCCCGGUCUUUUCUCUCUUGGGACAAGAAAUGCGUCCAGACGAAUGUGGACCUGCCUGUGUGGGAAUUCACUGUUUUUCUUCAAUAAUGCCAAAGACACUCACUAUGUGGAGAAGCUGGACCUCGGUGGGUUUGUGUCCCUUAAAGAUGACUGCAGCCGCGAUAGAAACCUUGAGGCCGCCAGACUCAUUCUCCGCAUGAAGGAUGGAGAGACCAAGCUCACAGCACCUAACUUAGAAUCAAGGGAGCUGUGGAAAGGUUUUCUCUACUCUGUUACAGACCUGAAUGUGCCCUCAUGUCUUACGUUGCUGCCGGGUCAACUGCAGAUGCUCAAGGAGGUGGUGGACAAAGAAAGGUGCAGGCGGAGGACCCGGACCCCCACGCGGGCUCCUCCCUCGCCGCUCUCCGUGCCUUUAGUCGGAGAGAUCCCACCGUGUUUUCGCCCCGUGUCCCGAACAGAGGCUGAGGUCCUCCUGGAGCGGCACCCGGACUGUGGCAACAUGCUGCUCCGUCCGGGCAGAGACGGAUGCUCCCUGGCCGUCACAACUCGACAAGACCUCAACGGGUCGGUGUUCAGGCAUUAUCGCGUCACUCAGAGGGACCAGGGCGGUUACGUCAUUGACGUAGAAAAUCCUAUUCCCUGCGCUACACUUCACGAGGUCAUCGAUGCGCUGGUAGAGAAGACAGCAGGAACCCUGCAGCCUUUCCUAUUGGAGGAACCCUAUGAGGAGAAUAUCACAUAUGUUUCUGCCAAUGAUGAAAAUGGGGAAAGGAUCCUCCACACUGCCCCGUCCAGCCCCCUGCCCAAAGCUCCCGCCCUGCCUCCAAAGCAAGACCGUUGGUCCAGCAGCCCCUUGUCCCGGUCCCCCGCCGCGGACCGCCGCAUCCUGACCUCGCCGGUACCCGCCUCGCCCACCAACCACAUGAGACGGCUCAUCCUGUCCCCGUCCCCUCUCACGCAGACCCUCAACGAGGAGCUCAAAAUGAAGCUGGAGAAGAGACGAGCCAGUCAGGAGUGACCUACUCAUAAGGAACGCAUUCUGUUUACAGCACACUUAGUCUUCAGAGCCAGAACCCUCCUUACAGCAGCUAUGUAAUCAACGUGUGCCUUCUAGGUGGAAGACAAUGGACUACACAAAUCUGCACUUUUUGUAAUGGAUCCUUAAAGUGCUCUGGAUUUGUUCUGUUGUUUGCUACACUGUGUAGAAAUUGGACUUGACACAGAAAUCAACUCUGAUUGGCUUCCUAAGACUGAGAUUGGUUGUUAAACACUGGAUUAGAUUCACACCUCACUAAAUGCUGCGUUGGUCGGGUAACUAGAUCAACUGGUGCUUCGACUGCAUGCGCGAAACUGUUUACAAACUGCCUGCGAGCAACAAAUGGUGCAACAACAACUCCUCUUCCUUCACAAAUCCAUAAGAACUGUGAAGCAUCUGCAACCGGCAGCUAAAACCCGUGAGAACAGCGUGGACACACCCUGGACCACCAGCUGAGCCUGAUCCCAGCCCGUGUGUUUGUGUAGACUGAGCUGCUGAGAAACUACCCUGGAGGUUUCAGCCCAGCAGUUCGGCCUCUCCUCAUUCCCCGAUACCGGUAACAUGACAAAAAGACAAGAAACCGAGGCCUGCACAAUUUUCCUGCUGAUCCGAGCCCUACAUGUACAGUAAAUGAAAGCCGCUGUGUACUGUUUGGUGUUUCCUUGUUCUCUAUCAGUGUAAACAUGCUGUCUGGAAAUUCCAGGUGAUUUCUGUUCCUCUUCGAGUAAAUCCAGCUGUUGUAUUUAUAUGGGAGGGUGCCCUCUAAUGGAAUAGCUGCCAACUUAUCAAACAGGAACCUUAUCAGCACACAGCCUUUUUGUAUUAACUACAAACCACUUGACAUAGAUCUUCUAUGUUAGAUCCUGAAGCUGGAACAUUCUGCUUUAUCACAGCGUUGUGUGCCCUACUGUACCUCUCAACCUCUAAAAACACAGUACCUGCAGCUUAUUUAAUACUGGUGUGUCUUUGUGAAAACUCCUUUUUGACAUUGAUGUCUAUUAGUCAGUCCUUGCAUCAAAUGUGUUUGGGUGAUAUAAACAAACAGAAGAUCAAUAAUUCUUGUUUACAUAACUUGUUGUGUCUACGUGACUGCUAUCGAUGAACAGUGUUAGAUAUUGAAGGUAUUAAAUUGUUUUGCAUGUGUUUUAAUUGGCCCUUGCUGUGAAUUUAUGGCUUAUUUGGUCUCUUAGAAACAACCAUUUCCUUCUAGGAAAUGAAAGCCUGAGGGAGAACGGAGUAAUCAGAAUACAAUGGGCGAAUAAUUAAAAAAGACUGGAGAGUCCGUCCUGCUUUAGCGCGAUAAUGAUUCUCCUUUUUACCAGAUCUUGAAGUUCAGAUUUAAUCUUUUUAAUUUAAAUUCCCUUAAUAAAUAAAAUAAAAACCUUGCAUUUUAAAAUAUAUACCAGUAUCUACUGGCAUCUACAUCUUCAGAGUGUCCUGAGUAAACUCAAGCUAAUGAUCAGUGUUGAAAAGUGAAUAUCUGCUCUUUGACUCAAGUAGUUUUAGGCAUUAAUUCAUCUUGAUUCUCCUCCAAUUCCAUCUUCAAGUUAAGGUUAUAGUUGUUAUUAUUAUAAUCUUGCUUAGACUGUUGCCCCUGGAUGGUUGGAUAAAUCUCAGUUACAGUUACUAAGGAUUUACAGAUUUUUUAAUGAUUGAUUGCGUUAUUAUUAACGCUCUGAUUCAUUUAUAUAAUAGUAAAACAACAAAACAAAAUAAAGUUGUUUGCGGGACUUGAGUGCGUGCGAUCCUGUGUGCGGAUCAGCACACAUUUAAACCGGCGCACAAUCAUUGCUCAUUCACUCCAGUCAGGACAUGUUCAGUCAACAGAACGAGCCGUGAUCACCCGCCACAUGUUUUCAUCAGCUGUGUCC